AUGACUGACUACAAGUUCGAAGGAUGGCUUGGCCACAACCCCGAGAGCGCCAAUGGAAACAUGGAAUGGGGCUCCUUUGAGCCCAAGAAGUGGACGGAGGACGAUGUUGACAUUGAGAUUUCCCACUGCGGUAUCUGCGGUUCCGACCUUCACAUGCUUCGCUCAGGCUGGGCCCCAACCCCUUACCCCUGUUGCGUCGGCCACGAGAUUGUCGGCAAGGCCGUCCGCGUCGGUAAGAACGUGAAGCACGUCUCCGUCGGCGACCGCGUCGGUGUUGGUGCCCAGGCUCGUUCCUGCUUGCAGCCCGACUGCCCCGAGUGCUCCAUUGGUCGCGAGAACUAUUGCGCACGCGGCAACGUCGGCACCUAUGGCAGCGUAUACCCCAACGGCGAGGGCAAGUCCUACGGUGGUUACGCCGACUACAACAGGACCAACGGCCACUUUGUCAUCAAGAUUCCCGACGGUAUCCCGUCAGAAGAUGCUGCGCCGAUGCUCUGCGGAGGCAUCACGGUCUACGCUCCGUUGAAGGACAAUGGCUGCGGGCCUGGCAAGACCGUUGGUAUCGUCGGCGUCGGCGGCCUCGGGCACUUUGGAGUACUUUUCGCCAAGGCCCUGGGCGCCGACAAGGUUAUUGGUAUCUCGCGUAAGGCCUCGAAGAAGGAUGAGGUCCUGAAGCUGGGUGCCGAUCAAUACAUCGCGACGGACGACGACGAGGACUGGUCCAAAAAUCAUGCUCGCAGCAUCGACCUGAUCAUCUCCACUGUUUCCAGCGACAAGAUGCCUCUUCAGCAGUACCUGAAGCUUCUCAAGGUCAACGGUACCUACAUCCAAGUUGGUGCCCCCGAUGGUGGUAAUCUUCCUCCUAUCAACGCCUUCACCCUCCUAAUGACCGGCAUCAAGGUCGGAGGUAGUGGCAUCGGUUCGCCCUCUGAAAUCAGGGAGAUGCUGGAGCUUGCGGUCGAGAAGAAGGUCAAGCCCUGGGUCCAGAAACGGCCAAUGAAGGAUGCUAACAAGGCGAUUGUUGAUAUGGAAGCCGGCCAUGCCCGUUACAGAUACGUCCUGGUUAACGAAAAGCAUGCCAAGUUGUAA